GGCUGUUUAAUGUCUUGUCCUGCACAAACAGCUCCCAUUCUCUCCCUCCCCUCUUGGCAGUGGUUCUUCCCGGCAGCACUCAGCAUCUCUCCAGCAGCGGACUCAAGGACUUGUGCGACCACCUCGACGCGCAACAGAAGGCUCUCUCACACAAUACGGGACCAUAUAGCGCACAGGGCAACUUUCACUCACAUUAUUACGCAUGGCUCUGGCUUUGCGCAGAAGCGCAACCGCUGUGACACCGUCUUGGAAGAAACUGGUGGGAUUGUAAGAAGAUAAAAGAAGCUGAAAAAAGACGAUUUAAGGAUUUUUUUUCAGAGAUUAGUAAUGGUGUCCAAAUGUAUGGCAGGAUAUCCUCGUCUUGCCGUGUAAUUAUACAGCUGUACGUGUACGUCCGACGCCUUAUCUGAAAUUCGUAUUUGACAUAAAAAUGGAUCUGUGGGGAGUUUAUCUGUUUCAUCUCAUAACUUUGGCUCUGUUGGAGGUUAUACUGGCCGGCAGAGACUGCUUGGUGGCUGGAGACUCCUGUUCGAGUGAUGAGAAUUGCAGUCCACGUCUCCGGACUUUGCGUCAGUGUGUGGCGGGAAAUGGCAGCGUGAAGCUGGGCCCCGGUGCCAGGAGCCAGUGUGCCAAUGCAGUGUCUGCCCUGCUGUCCAGCCCUUUACAUGGCUGCCAGUGUAAACGUGGCAUGAAGAAGGAGAAGAACUGCCUGAGCAUCUACUGGAGCCUUCAUCAGUCUAUCAUACAUGGACUCAACCUGGUGGAGAGUUAUCCCUAUGAGACAGUGCAGAGGGAUUAUGACUAUGUCCGCUUGGCCUCUAUUACAGCUGACUCUGACGUUGGCAUGGCAACUGUGAAUCGCUGCCUGGAUGCAGCCAAGGCUUGCAAUGUGGACGACUUGUGCCAGAAGCUCCGCACAGAAUAUGUCUCGGCUUGUAUCAAACCCACUGCCAAGUCAGGCCUGUGCAACCGGCCUAAAUGCAAAAAGGCUCUGCGCAGGUUUUUUGACCGCGUCCCCGCCGACUACACACAUGAACUGCUCUUCUGUCCCUGUACGGACACAGCAUGCGCAGAGCGUCGAAGGCAGACCAUUGUACCCAGUUGCUCGUAUGAAAGCGUGGAAAAACCCAGCUGCAUUACACAGAUGAGGAUCUGCAAAGCUGACUAUGUGUGCAGGUCUCGACUGGCACAGUUUCAGUACGAUUGUGAACCCUCUGAAACGUCUGCCAAUAGCUGCAAGCAAGGGAACUAUGGAGCCUGUCUCCUUGCCUACACAGGGCUCAUAGGAAGUACAAUAACUCCAAACUAUGUCGACAACUCCACGUCCAGUGUGGCUCCAUGGUGCUCCUGCUCGGCCAGUGGGAGCUGGAGAGAAGAGUGUGAUAACUUCCUGGGAUACUUCACUGACAACAUCUGUCUCCAGAACGCUCUAAUGAUGUUUGGAAGUGAGUCAGACCAGCAGCCGACUCUCAGCCAGACCAGCACACCGAGCCCCGUCUACAGCAGCACAGAAAACAGGAGCACUACUGCUGCUCAAGAAACCAUAGAAACUAUGAGGAACAUUCUGGAUACAAUAAUACCAACACAGGCUCUAGGAAAUGAACUACUAGUGGGCCAGUCCACCCUGCCAUCCAACAGCCUCCCAAUCUCUGCUUCACCUCCCAGCCUAAUGCUCCAAGCUGCCUUCGGCCUUCUGUUGUUGCUUCUUCAUCUGCUCAACAAUGGACACUAAAGACUGCAGGGGUGUGUGCUGAGGACCCUCCGAGUACCAAACAGAUGGGAGGACCAGUGCAGUUCAGAGGAAAAUGGACCGUGUGGCGUAUACCUCUCUCUAAAUAUGUACAGCGAUUCUGAUUUUUUUCUAUUUUUGUGUUUACGUGGUCCAGUUCCACCUGCAAGUGUUCUUUCUCGGACUGUGGGAGACUUCUGCAGACCGAAGCCAGUCUGUACAUUUGUAGAUUGUUGUUGCGAUCAAAUCAAGCCAAAAUGAAGUCAGAAUACCGCUCUUGUGGACUAACCCUGCCCUCAGCUAUCCAACUGUAUCAAUUUUCAAGAGUUAUUAUGAAAAUAUAAUGCCAAUAUGUAUAAUACAAAGACAUGAAGUAUGUCAGUACCUGUGAAGAUUUGUAUUAUCAACAGAAGCUCUUAUUUUACAUAUUGUAAGACCCUGAACACUUUAUGUCUGAUCUGUACUCAGUGCACAGAGUGAUUGCAAAGCUGCUGGGGUGAAAACCACUCUCCUCCAGUGACUGAAAGAGGACCAUUAUUUCUGACCAAUGCUGGAAUAGUGGCGCGACAGACAGACAAUAGAGCUAUAUUUUGCUCAGACACUCUGGACAAAUGCCCUGAUUCUUAGGUAUCCAGCAGGACAAUCUAGAAGAGACGGGGCAAGCCAGAAUACAUAAGAUAAACAUAAUAAUAGCUCUGUACAUCAUGUGUCAAACUCUCUUUCUCACUUUAUUUGCUCUUUCUAAAGCUACAGAAGCUGUUCAUUAAAAACAGUAGUCAUUGGUCUUCAUCAGCAAGACAAAUUCUUGGAAAUAAGAAGAAAAGCAGUAACUCUUUUUACCUGUAGCUGCUGUAGUAUGUGUUUGUGAGUAAUAUUCUUUUAUUUCUCAUUGUGUAUGUGACCGUUGCUUUACAGGACUCUGAGUUGUGCCAGAGAUAGAAGUGAAAGCCGCCAAUGCUAGUACGGAGUCUGUUUAAGAUUAGACAGUUAUGAAUGACUCAGAACGGUGAAUUCUGAAUAGGACCAGAGGUUCUGCAAAUAAAAGUUCUCAGCUCAUUUUGUUUACAUUAUCAUCAUUUCACAGUUCUUUAAAAAAA